AGUGGCGCUGUUUUGCCCCGCGUCUCUCGGUUGCCAAGGUUUCCGAGAGGUACUCCAGUGUGGGCGCCGGGGUUGGUCUGUGCUUCCCGUCUCGCGCUCGAAGAAGCAACGCCCCCACCAUCACCAUGGCUUCGGCUGGGGCGGGGAUGACCGAGCGCGAGCGGGACGGCUGCCGGGAGCUGUUGGAACUGCUCCAGACCGACGAUCUGCUGGCGCUAACGGACACGGUGACCAGCCGCCUCGUGCAGCCCAACAACCGCCAAGAAGCCAUACAUGCCAUUUUGCUGUACAGUCAAAGUGCUGAAGAGCUGUUGAAAAGAAAGAAAGUAUUUCGAGAGAUAAUCUUCAAGUACUUGGCAACAAAAGGAGUUAUAGUACCACCUUCUUCUGAAAAACACCAGCUUGUUUAUCGCGCAAAGCAGUACUGGGGUGAAGGGCUGAAAGUUUGUGCUUCAGAACAAAUACAUGAAAAUCCUGGUAUACAGAAACCAGAAGAUGGAGGAAAACAAGGAGGAGAUCGAGAUGAGAACAAAGAGUGUCACAAUCUGGCAGAGGAAUUUUGUCAGUGGUAUUUUGGAAUGCUGAACUCUCAGAACCCAUUGAUUGGAGAACCACAAGAAGAAUGGGGACCACAGCAUUUUUGGGGUGAUGUAACCCUAAAGUUUUGUUACAACACCUCUGAACAAAACAUAGAAGAGUACUCAGGUGCAGAAUUGGUGAGCCUUCGCUUGCUGUCAUUAGUGAAAGAAGAAUACCUCUUCUUGAAUCCCAACUUGAAUGCAGGUGGCCUAAAGUGUACAGUUUCGCCACAUGGAUUAGUUGUGGUGGCAGUAGCUGGCACAGUUCAUAGGAGUAGUUGUUGUUUGGGAGUCUUUGAACAAAUCUUUGGCCUCAUCCGCUGCCCAUUUAGAGAGAAUACAUGGAAAAUCAAGUUUGUCAAUCUGAAGAUAGUUGGACAGAAUGCCAUGGAGCCUGGGACCCAUAUGGAAAGUCCUUGCAUAAAAUAUGAGCGAGAAGAACUGCAGGAAUUUUAUGUGUCCAAGGAACUUGCUUUGAUUGAGCCUCAAAAAUAUUGAGUGUUCUGUUUUGCUAAAUGAAGGAGGAAAGUUUGUGGGCCUUGGAAAAUACAGCACAAGAACAUACUCAAAGCAUUCAAGUAAUUGUUUUGCUUCUGUUUUCUGAAUUCAUGCUUUCCUACUAGAAGUUAAUCCAGAAUAGUGAACAUAGAGAUUUGCUGCUAGUAAUUGUUGGCAUGACUCUUGCCCCCCAAAUUUACAAUUUGCCAAAUUACUUUGGCAGAUUACUUGUUAAAUGAGAGGGGAAGAAAGGUGAGAAGAUGCCUCCUGCCUUCCUAUCACCCACUGCUAAGUAUUGGUGUGUAUGGGAGUGAAUAGGCAGAAAGAAGCAAGCAUAAAUGACAAGGGUAAAGCAUAGGAGAUGGAAUAUUGUCAUCUUGACUGCAGCUUCCUUAUUUUUUCUUAGGGGUAGAAGAAUGCAGAGGUGUGAUGAAUCUAUUAAGUUUGCAAGAGAUUCUUUUGCCAAAGACUAUGUAUCUGGAUCAUUGUUUUGUGACAAUCUUUUUUUUUUUAAAUAUAUGUCUUCUACUGUAAAAAUAUGCUAGGAGAGGCAGAGUCAACACUUGUGCCCAACUGUUAUAAAACAGUUCUUGUUAGUUGUUAUUUUGCACCUGUCACUUAAUAUUUUGCCUUAGAAUCAGCUAAAAUUAAAUGGUCAUUGAUCUCAGUUCAGUUAUUGUUUAUAUUGAAGGACUUAAUUUUAAGUCUUAGUUAAAUAACUGUUCACAUCUUAAUCUCAGGGUUGUACAAAACAAAGCAUUUUUAAUUUAUAGUAGAAUUUUGUGUUAAUAUAGAAAGAUUAUUAAAAUGGUUGUUAUUUAAAUCAGUAAGUAUAUGCAUGAAAUAGUUAUAGCAGUGCUACAUUUACUAGAGGGUUUUCAUGGAAAAUUUAUAGAACAAUAUUACUUUCCUCUAUAAAAUAUUUUGAAAUUUUCUGUCUUAUUUCAUCAUUUGUUAUGUACAACCCUUAUUCAUGUAGUUAUUUACCUAUAAGAAACAUACU